GGCUGGCAGCCCCCGCCAGCGGCUGCUUUGCCCGCUCACUGGCCAGGAAGGUGGACACCUCACACCUCAGUCUCCCAAUUACGCCCUCCUCCCCCACUCCUCCUCCCCUCCCUCUCUCUCUUCCUCCUCCCCUCUCUCUCCUCCUCUCCCCCCUGAAAACCUGUGGCUUGAAGAGACCUUGGCUUCUCUGGGACUCUACCCCUCUCUACCCCUGGGGACUGCCCAUAUCUGCUCCUGAGUUUGGGGGCAGGGAGGCCACCACCCCCAAGGACUCUCUGCGGCGAUGGGAGCCACCUGCCUGCUGCCCCACGUCACUCUGUGCCUCCAGCUACUGAUUCUCUGCUGUCAAACUCAGGGGGAGAAUCACCCGUCUCCUAAUUUUAACCAGUACGUGAGGGACCAGGGUGCCAUGACCGACCAGCUGAGCCGGCGGCAGAUCCGAGAGUACCAGCUCUACAGCCGGACCAGUGGCAAGCACGUGCAGGUCACCGGGCGUCGCAUCUCUGCCACCGCGGAGGACGGCAACAAGUUCGCCAAACUCAUAGUGGAGACGGACACAUUUGGAAGCCGCGUGCGCAUCAAGGGGGCUGAGAGUGAGAAAUACAUCUGUAUGAACAAGAGGGGCAAGCUCAUUGGGAAGCCCAGCGGGAAGAGCAAAGACUGCGUGUUCACGGAGAUCGUGCUGGAGAACAACUACACAGCCUUCCAGAAUGCCCGGCACGAGGGAUGGUUCAUGGCCUUCACGAGGCAGGGUCGGCCCCGCCAGGCUUCUCGCAGCCGCCAGAACCAACGAGAGGCUCACUUCAUCAAGCGCCUCUACCAGGGCCAGCUGCCCUUCCCCAACCACGCGGAGAGGCAGAAGCAGUUCGAGUUCGUGGGCUCAGCCCCCACGCGCCGGACCAAGCGCACUCGGAGGCCACAGCCCCUGACGUAGUCGGGGACACUGGGGGCAGCUGCCCCUCACCAGCCUUCCCAUCCCCUUCCCUUCCUAAUCCCAAGACUGGGCUGGGGUGGAGGGAGGGGAACCAGAGCCCCCAAGGAGGACCGGGAAGACCAACCAGCGUCAGAGCCUCGAGCCGGAAAGGGGCGGGACUGCCACAAACCAGCGCUGGGGCCUCGGGGCAGCCGCCCCAGACCCCGCACUGA